AUGUCGACUACUACUCCCGCUCCCACCCAGCCUCACACCUGGCAGGACACUACCGUCCACAUCGAAGAUCGUCACCGCGCUGGAGAACUCGUCACCGGCGAGUUCGCAAAGGUACUGCUGGACGCUGCCGCCGUCCCUCCCUCGACGCCACAGGACCUUGUGGUGCUAGACAACGCGUGCGGCUCUGGGAUCGUCACCGCCAUCUUGUUGGGGAGGAUGUCGGAGGAACAGAAGAGGCGCACCAAGGUCUUGUGUGGAGACAUCCAGUCAGAGGUGGUGAAGUAUGUCACCGAAAGGAUUGAGCGGGAGAAAUGGGAGGGUGUUGAAGUCAAGCUUCUUGAUGCCCAGGACACUAAGCUCCCCUCUUCUACGUACACGCACGUCCUCACCUCCUUCGGAAUCAUGCUCCUCCCUAAGCCUAUCCUGGCACUGCAGGAGAUCCAUCGGAUCCUCGCUCCCGGCGGACUAAACGCUUUCAGCACCUGGGUGGAAGUUGGCUGGGUCGCCUGGGUCGAACGCGCCUUCCGUGCUAUCCCUAACUGCCCGCCAUUCCCCACCCAAGAGCAGAUCAGCAACUUUAUGGACACGGGUCGGUGGGAUCAGGAGAGCUUCAUCUGCCAAGUCCUGGAAGAGCAGCGGUUUGUCGACGUGCGCAUCCAGGUGCACAAGGAGGCGGGCAAGAUUGAGAGCCCCGAGUUCCUAGUGCGCGUCUUUGGAAGUAUGUUCAUCGGGCUUGCUACGCGCUGGUGGACGGAUGAGCAGAAGAAGGAAUACGCAGACGAGAUCGCGCCCGUGCUGUUGAGCCAACUGCAGGAAGAGUUUGGGAAGGGCCAACAGGUCACUAUGCCCAUGUGCGCUAACCUCAUAACCUGCCGCAAGCCGGCAGCGUAGUUGUUUCUCCAUCUCUGUACCAGGUUGUUAUCAGUUUGUAAAGGAUUGUCGAAAUAAA